AAAAAAAAAACAUGUAUAAUUUAUUUUGAGUGGAAGAAGAAAACGGAGAUCCACACAUGUAAAAUUCAGAAAAACAAAAACUGGAGGAGCUAUUUAUUCUCUCUCAUUCUCAUCACAUUGUGCAGCGGAGUUUAUAGUCAUCUCCCAAUUUGUUAUCACCUAUUAGCUGAGAUAAGGUGAAAAUUCUGGGCUCAUCAAGCUUCCUCUAUCAGCCUUAAUCUGAAACAAUGUCAUCUUCACCGCCGCCGUCGACAACCCGCCGCCACCUGCUGGUUUUUCCUUUUCCAGCUCAAGGCCAUAUGCUCCCGCUUCUCGAUCUCACCCAUCAUUUAGCCUCUCAUGGCGGCUUCACCAUCACCAUCUUGGUUACUCCCAAAAACCUCUCAGUCCUUCACCCCCUUCUUUCCGCUCACUCCUCCGACUCUGUUCGCACUCUGGUUCUUCCCUUACCCCAUCAUCCCAAAUUGCCUAAUGGCGUUGAAAACAUCAAAGAUAUCGGCAACCAUGGCAAUGUUCCUAUCUUGUUGGCUCUCCGUCAGCUCCAUGAUCCCAUUGUUGAGUGGUUCAACUCCCACUCUUCUCCUCCCAACGCCAUCAUUUCCGAUUUCUUCCUCGGCUGGACUCAAUCCCUCGCCGACCGUCUUCAAAUUCCCAGGAUUGUUUUCUACUCCUCUGGUGCCUUCCUCGUUAAUGUCAUGGAUUACUGCUGGAUUCACACAAAAACAACUAAUCUUCGUUCUUCUAUUACGAUUCCUAACAUACCCAACUCACCCUCUUUCGAAAGAGAGCAUUGGUCGUUCAUGUCCCUGAAAUACCAGGAUUCAGACCCUGAUUGGGUUCUAUUGAGGGAUGAUGCCAUGGCUAAUGCAAACAGUUGGGGUAGUGUUUUCAAUACGUUCGAGAAUUUGGAGCAUGACUAUUUGGAGCAUUUAAGGAAGGAAAGGGGGGAAGGGCGUGUAUUUGGAGUUGGGCCGCUGAAUCUCAUCGGCGAUAAGGAUGGGCGUAACCCAAUUAGAGAUUCGAGUUUAAAGGUACUGACAUGGCUUGAUGGAUGCCCUGAUGAUUCGGUGGUUUACGUUUGUUUUGGGAGUCAAAAGAAAUUGAAUCGGCAGCAAAUGGAAGCACUGGCUUCUGGGCUUGAGAAAAGCGGUACUCGAUUCGUGUGGGUGGUUCAGACAAUUCACCAAACAGAUGGUGGAUUCAAUGGAAUACCAAUUGGUUUUGAGGAUCGUGUGUCAGAUCGGGGAAUAUUGGUGAAGGGAUGGGCGCCGCAAGUGGCGAUACUAAACCACCGAGCCGUGGGGGGGUUUCUGAGUCACUGUGGCUGGAACUCGGUGCUUGAGAGUAUAGUGGGCGGAGUAAUGAUACUUGGUUGGCCCAUGGAAGCGGACCAAUUUAUUAAUGCGAGGCUAUUGGUAGAAGAGUUGGGAGUGGCGGUGCGCGUUUGCGAGGGGACGAACUCGGUGCCUGAAUCGGACGAGUUGGGGAAGGUAAUCGCCGAGUCUAUGAGCGGAGAUUCGCCGGAGAAGAUGAAAGCGAAAGCGCUGAAAAGAGAGGCGGUAGAGGCAGUGAGGAGCAAUGGGAGUUCAUGGAAAGACAUGCAAGACUUGGUCAAUAAGCUGAUUCACCUUCCUCUAAGGACAUGACAUUACCUCAUCCUCAUGUAUUUGGACUUCGAAAAUUGGGCAAAAUAAGUUACCAUUUGUUUUUUUGACCUAUUUUUUUAAACAAAUUUUUUCAUGCAAACAUGAUUGUAUAAUUACUCUUACGUCCCUUAUCACCAACCUACAAAAUUAAUUUACAUUUUUCACUUAAAAUUAAUUUAUCCAAAAACCAUUAACACAAAAUUAUUCACACAAAAAAUUCUCCAUCAAAUUUGAUUUGUUUACAACCCUA